GGAAAAAAAGCAAACCCACAUGCCCCAUGCAAUGCAGUGUUUUUGCACUGGUUUUGUAUAUAAGAUUUGCUAUGCAAUUCCAAAACUAAAUAAGAAGAGACGGCCUUGCAUCCCAGAUCAAACAGAGAAUCAAAGGUGAAAGGAGAAACUAUGACUUGGAACGAUACCACUAUGGAUGGGGAAGGGUUGCUUGUGGAAAGGGACUCUUCCUUUCGGAUCCUCACGGGCUGCUUCCUCUCGCUGCUGAUCCUCUCCACGCUCCUGGGAAACACGCUGGUCUGUGCAGCUGUCAUUAGGUUUCGCCACCUAAGGUCCAAGGUGACCAACUUCUUUGUCAUCUCCUUGGCAGUGUCAGAUCUUUUAGUGGCAGUUUUGGUCAUGCCUUGGAAAGCUGUGGCUGAGAUUGCUGGUUUCUGGCCUUUUGGUUCGUUUUGUAACAUCUGGGUGGCCUUUGAUAUUAUGUGCUCAACAGCCUCCAUCUUAAAUCUCUGUGUCAUUAGCGUGGAUAGAUACUGGGCCAUCUCCAGUCCGUUUAGGUAUGAGAGGAAAAUGACCCCCAAGGCAGCCUUCAUCCUGAUCAGCGUGGCAUGGACCUUGUCUGUGUUGAUUUCCUUCAUCCCUGUGCAGCUGAACUGGCACAAGGCUACAACCACAAGCUUUUUGGACCUAAAUGCCAGUUUACAAGGUAUAAGCAUGGACAACUGUGAUUCUAGCCUAAACAGGAUGUAUGCCAUCUCUUCGUCUCUAAUUAGCUUCUAUAUACCUGUGGCCAUCAUGAUAGUAACUUACACGAGGAUAUAUCGGAUUGCUCAGAAGCAAAUAAGACGAAUCUCAGCUUUGGAGAGAGCAGCCGUGCAUGCCAAGAACUGCCAGAACACAAGCGGCAAUAGAAGCAGCAUGGACUGUCAGCAGCCAGAGAGCAACUUCAAAAUGUCCUUCAAGAGGGAAACAAAGGUUUUAAAGACUUUGUCAGUGAUCAUGGGGGUCUUUGUGUGCUGCUGGUUGCCAUUCUUCAUAUUGAACUGCAUGGUUCCUUUCUGCGAGCCUACCCAACCGUCCAAGGGAGCAGAACCCUUCUGCAUUAGUUCCACCACCUUCGAUGUUUUUGUUUGGUUUGGAUGGGCUAAUUCGUCCCUGAACCCCAUCAUUUAUGCCUUCAAUGCUGAUUUCCGCAAGGCAUUUUCUACCCUGCUAGGAUGCUACAGGCUCUGCCCUGUGUCCAACAAUGCUAUAGAGACUGUUAGUAUCAACAAUAACGGAGCAGUUGUUUUUUCAAGCCAACAGGAGCCCAAAGGGUCUAGCCCCAAAGAGUGCAAUCUGGUGUAUCUGAUUCCACAUUCAAUUAUCUGUCCAGAAGAAGAACCUCUAAAAAAGGAGGAAGAAGGGGAACUGUCUAAGACAAUGGAGAAAAUGUCUCCAGCACUGUCGGGUAUCUUGGAUUAUGAAGCUGAUGUUUCUUUGGAAAAAAUCAACCCCAUUACACAAAAUGGGCAGCAUAAAACCUGAACAGUAAGGUUAACCCAGUAAGAUCUAAUAAUGUAUAUGGUAAUAAUCUUUUAAAAGAAGAUAUAAAAGUUUUUUUAGUAAGAAAUUAAGAUCUAGAGAGAAAAACACAUUUACACAAAGCCCAGAAUAAAUUUUCCUGGCAUUCAAAUCAAACUUAACAUUUCAAACAAUAAACAGCAAAAGAUAUUGGAAACUGGGG